ACCCAACCAAAGCCAGCCUAGUCAUUUUUCUUUCUAUUCUAUCUUUCUUCAAAUCUCCAUUGACCUCCAUUUUUAACGCCUUUCCAAUUAGGUUAAAUUUCCGGCUCACAAUUUUCGCUUUCACCUCCAUUACAGAUUUACUGUUGAAUCUUCAUCUUAAUUCUUCGAUGAAUCUAUCAAUCUUGAUUUAAGGUUUUUUUUUUUUUUUUUCUGAUUUAAUUUUUCAUUUUUUUACCGCGCAGAUGCUGCUUCGUCAAUUUUGCCAUUUUUUCUUUCUAUUAUUUUUGUAAUUACAUAUAAACAAUAUUUAUUAGAGAGAGAAACGCAAUACCCAAAUCUCAUCACCGAAAACCCUUAGCCCCCCUUUUAUUCUUUCUCUCUCUUCUUUUCAAUUACAAUCGAUUCUGAUUUUAAUUGAUUCGAUUUUCAACCCCUCUAACGAAUUCUAUUUGCAUCGGAAUUUAUUGGGUUGUUGAUAAAAUUUUGAUUGAUCGAAUUAACUAUUUAGAUUUAAUAAAGUGGGUAGGCUGGUUUUGAUUUUCUGGAUGAAGAAUUUUCUGGGUUGUAGAUAAUUAAAAUUUUGAAUUAAUUAGAUAAAAGGGAUGCCAGGUUUACAAAGAAAUGAUCAAUUAUGCAAUGGGAGUUCAUCUUAUUAUUCAUUAUCAAUUAAUAAUAAUGGAUCAGUUUCUUCAUCCAAUAAUGGAUUUUGGUCUAAACAUAGCGAUGAUAUUAAUUCCAAUCGGCUUCAGAAGUUCUGGAGUGAUCUACCUCAGCAAGCUCGUCAGAAGCUCGUGAGGAUUGAAAAACAAGCUCUAUUCGAACAAGCUCGGAAGAACAUGUACUGUUCCAGAUGCAAUGGCUUGUUGCUCGAAGGGUUUAUGCAAAUUGUUAUGUAUGGAAAGUCGUUGCAGCAUGAAGGAGCGGUUGGUCGUCUUCCUUGCGGUAGAGUUGGAGGAGCGAGUAAAGAUCAAAUGAAUGGUGGGAUGUGUACGCCACCAGUUUGCCAGGACGAAACUCAAGAUCCCUCUGUCCACCCUUGGGGAGGUUUAACCACUACAAGAGAUGGGGCACUUACUCUUUUGGAUUGUUAUUUAUGUUCGAAAUCCCUUAAAGGACUUCAAAAUGUCUUUGAUAGUGCUCGUGCAAGGGAGCGAGAACGGGAAAUGCUUUAUCCAGAUGCUUGUGGAGGCGGUGGUCGGGGUUGGAUAAGUCAAGGAAUAGCAAGUUAUGGAAGAGGACAUGGGACUAGGGAAACAUGUGCUCUGCAUACGGCUAGACUCUCUUGCGACACAUUGGUAGAUUUUUGGACGGCACUUGGAGAGGAAACACGUCAUUCUCUUUUAAAGAUGAAAGAAGAAGAUUUCAUUGAAAGACUUAUGUAUCGGUUUGAUAGCAAGAGGUUUUGUCGAGAUUGCAGAAGGAACGUCAUUCGUGAGUUCAAGGAACUCAAGGAAUUGAAACGCAUGCGGAGAGAACCUCGGUGCACAGAUUGGUUUUGUGUUGCGGAUACUGCUUUCCAGUAUGAGGUAUCAAAUGAUACUAUCCAUGCUGAUUGGCACCAAACAUUCAUUGAUUCCUAUGGGUCAUAUCAUCACUUUGAAUGGGCAGUGGGCUCAGGAGAAGGAAAAUCUGACAUUUUGGAUUUCAAAAAUGUUGGGAUGAGUCCUAGAGUUGAAGCAAGUGGCCUAGAUCUUGAUGGUUUGACUGCCUGCUAUAUCACCUUACGAGCCUGGAAAUUGGACGGUCGGUGCUCUGAGUUUUCUGUGAAAGCUCAUGCAUUGAAGAAAAGGCAAUGUGUUCAUUGUCGGCUGGUUGUUGGAGAUGGUUAUGUAACAAUUAUGCCUGGGGAAGAUAUACAAGAAUUUUUUGAGCACGCUGAAGAAGCUGAAGAAGAGGAAGAUGAUGAAUCCAUGGACAAGGAUGGAAGUGAUUUGGAGGGUGAAUGCUCUCGACCACAGAAGCACGCAAAGAGUCCUGAACUUGCACGAGAAUUUCUCCUAGAUGCUGCUACUGUCAUUUUUAAGGAACAGGUUGAAAAGGCUUUUAGAGAAGGUACUGCUCGCCAAAAUGCUCACAGCAUUUUUGUUUGUCUUGCAUUGAAACUUCUUGAAGAACGUAUUCAUGUUGCUUGCAAAGAAAUUACAACAUUGGAAAAACAGAUGAAACUUCUUGAAGAAGAAGAGAAGGAAAAGCGUGAAGAAGAAGAACGUAGGGAGAAGAAAAGAAACAAGGAAAGAGAAAGGAAGCUGCGAAGAAAGGAGAGAUUGAGAGGAAAGGACAAGGAUAAGCAAUCAACUCGAUCUAGUCAAAAUCCCAUUCCAUCCGAAGUUUCUGAUGAAACUGUGUCAGCAUGCAUUGACGAUCAAACCAUUAAUGGCGUUAGAGAUGCGGUAAGCGACAAUGGAGAUACUAACGUAUCUGAGUCCACCUCUCCAGGAUUUUUUGACGAAUCAUCGUCGAAUGACUAUACAGCUUCUGAUUAUCUAAACAAUACUCUCAAUGGUGCUGAUGAGGAGCUUGAUAAUGUCAAAGAGGGAAAUGGAACAUACAGUUCCGAUAACAUGAAUGGUUCACAAUGUAGGUAUAAAGCUCGAAGGGAUUUUCCGCUAGAGUCAUCUGUUGAUUGGUCUGACAGGCGUAGGAGUUCAGAUAAUGGGGCUGUGGCAUACAAGUCUGAAUCAAGAUAUUAUGACGACCCCACUGAAAACUUUAACAAGGUAGUUAAUUUUUAUAGUAGGCAACCCAGAGCUUCUGCGGUGAAAUUCGCUGCGAAAAAUAGUGGCACACGGUUUAGUCACAAGGCUCAAUGUUCCAGCGUCAGGAUGACCGGCGACAGGAGCGAUCUGCACUCUUGUGGCUGUAAUCAACAAACUGACUAUAUGGCAAAGACGGAAUCACAUGUGUCUGGAACAAGGCCGAAUCGGGAGACCAGAUGUGUUACAAAGACAGAAUCAGCUUCUGACGUGCACAAGCCAGUUCAUCGAAUCAACAAGUUUAAUCAGACGGAUUUUACGCGUGAUAAUUUUGGAAAAAUUAGGAUUAAGAUCUCAAAUUAUAGUAGUACUUCAGGAAGAGAUUCACCACAUACGAAGAAAGUCUGGGAACCUGUAGAACCACAGAAGAGGUAUCCUCGUAGUAAUUCAGACUCGGACGUUACCUUAAGAAUGAGAUCAUGUUGUUUCAAGACAGAGAAUGAUGAGUCUGACAAGUGCACACCGGAAGUUUGUCCCAGUGGAAGUGCUGAAAAUUUUGCUAUGAAUUCCCAGGUGGAUGAUAGUCAAGGGAACUGUCUGGUGGGGAGAAAUAGCCAGAGUGGAUUUGAGACGGAAGCCACAUAUCAUCCCAAGGAAACUGCUGAAGCGGAAAAUGAUUCAUGUUUAGCGGCAAAUUCGAACCAUAAUGACGUUACUGAUUUUCCUGUCAGCAGCAGUUCAAGUUCUGAUAACUGCUCGUCAUGCCAAAGCGAGGGAGACACUAAUACACCAUCCUCGAACCAUCAAAAUCUUGAAUUGUCAUCUAUAACCGAUUCAGAAGAUAGUUGUGAACAGUCAGAAGGAAGAGAUAGCACAGAAGGUAAAGGAAUUCCAGCUUGUGUUAAUGGCUCAUCGGAUGGUCUUGAUGUCGUGAAGGAGAAAAGCGAAAGGGCUAUUGGUCAGGAAGAUACCCCAUCGACACAAUCAAGUUUUCUGUCUCAGUUUGCUAGGAAUCAUUUUCCUUGGCACUCCCCUGCAAAAGCUUCUACGCAUACUCUCGACAAUGGCGGUGUUGCAUCUAUACCGCAAGGUUUGGUUCCAUCCGUGCACAACUCGGGCAUUUCGUUUCCUGUUUUCCAAGGCCCAUCUACUGUAGGUUACUAUCAUCAAAACUCCGUUCCAUGGUCAACAGCUUCGGCUAAUGGGUUGAUUGCAUAUCCCCAUGCAAACCCUUACCUUUUAACUAGCUCAAUGGGCUAUGGUCUUAAUGGGGAUUCAAACUUCUGCAUGCAUUAUGGGCAAAUGCAGCAUUUGGCAUCUCCCUUCAUCAACAGUCAUCCGAUUCCCGUCUACCAGCCAGUUCAUACAGCUAGUAUGCUGAAACCACAAGAGCAGACCACUGCCCGUGAAGUCAACGGGGUAAGAGAUCUCGAGUGUGAAUCUAGAAGAGAGAAUGUCGUCACUCGACAUCAUUCAUCAGGAGGCUCUGAUCAACCGAACAUAACCAAAUCGGAUACAAAAGGCGCAGGCUUCUCAUUGUUCCAAUUCGGCGGGCCUGUGGCUCUUCCAACCCGUAAAUCUAGCGAGCAGUCUUUAGAUGAGAAGAAAACCGGUGAGCUUUCUUCGUGCCAUGUUGAAGGCGAGCAGAAAUCUUGGAGUAAGAAAGGAACUACAAUCGAAGAAUACAAUUUGUUUGCCACAAGGACGGGGAUAGAGUUUUCGAUUCAUUAGUAUAGCUGAGAAAGGUAUAGAGAUUGCAGUUUGGAAGUCAGUCUCUGCCUACUUAUUUGAUAGUUGAAGUUUGUGUUCAUUGUACUUUGGUACAUUAAUAAUGCUUUGAAAAAGAUCCACAUAAAAGUUUUUCUUUUUUCUUUCGAUUGAUGUGUAUUUUAUUAUCAGUUUUGGUAUUGUUGAGAAAGAUACAAUUUGAGAGUGCCUUAAUUUGAAUGAUAUCCUCUUGUUUUUCAUUGUUUGAUGGUU